AUGUAUGCGACAAUCGGAAUGAAGGAACGUCCUUUCUACCUUCGAACAACUCCUCGAGUCAAACCCCACGAGAAAACUCGAGAGUUUAGACCCGAGAAUAGACCGCUUGGUCGGAGGAAUGCGAUUGUUUCGAGGGCAAAGCGUGACGAAAACUGGAGACCCACACACGGCGACCCUUUAGAAAUACAGAAUAGAGCUUCGAUAAUUAAUAAUUGGAAUUUCGACCAGUUGAUAAUUAGAAUAGAAGCUUUCGACCAUAAUUUCUAUCCAGUGAUAUCAUACCGACGAGUUCAAAAAGAAAAUGACGAAUUAUUGUAUAUAGUUUGGUCACUCGUUAUGGUCCGCGAACCAGUUGCCAGCGCAAGAGGUUAACCUUAACGUCGAGAAUGUUUUGUCCCAAAAUUGCAAUAUUUUCUCUUUUAAAUAUAUUUAAAUAUAACCCAGGCAAAACAAAUAAUAAAUUUAUUGUUUUUUAGUAAUAAUUUCUAUCCAGUGA